AUGCCCACUCCCGGCCUCGCCUACGCCUUACGGACUGCCUACGCCGAUGCCUUCAAGCUCGCUGUUGCCAAUGGCCGCGCAGAGCCUCUGCUGAUUCCCUUUUGCUUGGUGGCACCGUUUGUUGUGCCCGCGCUGUGGCUGGCCGUCCCGCAUAGGCGUCGAGCCUGGUUCUAUCACACGAGGUGGCUGGCCAUGGCCUUGAUUAUCUCGUCCAAUGUCUAUCAUUUGGCGUACACGUCGAGCACGAACACGGCGUGUGCGUAUGCGGCUGGACUGGCGUCGACGUGGGGCACUAUGCUGAGCGUGAAUCUGCUCAUCUGGACGAGGCCGCAGUUUGAUGCUGCCAGGGUGGUGCGGAGAGUCAAGAAGGAUGAGGAUGGUGCUCGGAAGACGAUAUCAACAAACGGAACUCCAAAUGCUGAGACGCGGCAGAGUGAAUUUGAAUAUGUCUGGGAACCUUACCCUUCGGAUCGAGGCUUCUUGGAGCGACUGGCAUGGGCGACAGAUCUGAUACUUUGCUUCCGAUUUUCUGGCUGGAACUGGUCUGUCCCAACAAUCCCCCGGCCUCAGAUUCCUCUCGAAAUCUCUCAUGGAGACAAGGUCGAAGUAGACGCCAUUCCCAAAACCAGCAGAAGCGGGUAUACGCGUCCCCUAACCACUGGCGAAUUCGUUCGCGGACGCCUCACCAAGAUUGUCAUCUUCUACUUUGUCCUAGAUUUCCUCUCCGUGUACAUGAAGAAAGAUCCUUACUUUAUCCUCGGGCCCGACUACCAAGGCGAUAUCGCUCUCCCGCCACAUCUCCACGACUUCUCACCAUGGCUGCUCCUCGCAUACAGAGAAGCGUUUUCUCUCCUCGGCGUGUACGGCGCUAUCGAGGCCGUCUUCUGCGUGUCCGACCUGGUCCAGUACUGGCUCGCCAACCGCUUCUACCCCUCCCGCGGGGCGCUGUGGCAAUUUGCCUCAACCUUUGGCUCCUUUGAGCAGAUCCUCGCGCGAGGCCUCGCUGGCUGGUGGGGAGGGUGGUGGCACCAGACUUUUCGUAUGCAGUUUGCCGCGCCGGCGACGUACCUCCUUCGAAGAGGGUACUUGAAAAGGGGCACGCGCCUUGCCUCUGUCGCUACAAUGUUUGUCUCCUUUCUGCAGUCGGGAUUGCUGCAUGCUUCGGGGAGCUUCACCUCCACGCCCAAGACGAAGCCCUGGAGGGCGCCAGCCUUUUUCUUCCUGCAGAUGGUGGGUAUUCUGCUGCAGCAGUCGACGGCGCAUCUUUUCAGACUGUGUGUGCCGCUGCGGCUGCCGCGGCUUGUGUCUCGGGCGGUGAAUCUCUUGUUUACGCUGACGUGGCUGUUUUUCACGGCGCCCCUGUUCAUGGACGACUGUUCGUCGACGGGGCUGUGGCUCGUUGAGCCUGUACCGGCAUCUCCGCUUUUGUUUUUGGGAUUUGGCAGCGAGGGCGAUCAUUGGUGGCGUUGGGAUUGGGAUCAUUUGCCCAGUUUGUAUUUUGGAGAAACGUGGUGGCAAAGCGGGAUAGCGUUAUAGAUGCAAUGUAUAUUAUCAGUCUCAACAUCUCUGAGAAAGGUUACAUGGAAAGCAUAGACUGCAUGUUUGAUU